ACUGUCUCCUCCCGGGGCCCAGACUGAGAGGUGCAGGGAGACCGCGGAGAGGAGCCGCCGCCGGACAUGGGCCGCCCGCUGCUGGUGCUGCUACUGUUGGCUGAGACCUGCAUUCCAGCCUCCUGGGGCCUGCGGUGCAUGCUGUGUAAGACUACCGGGAAUUGCAGGGUGGAAGAGUGUGCCUCCGGCCAGGACCUCUGCAGGACCACGGUCCUGCACGUAUGGGAAGUUGGUGAUGAGCUGGAGGUGGUGGAGAGAGGCUGUACCCACCCAGAGAAGACCAACAGGACCAUGAGCUAUCGGACUGGCACGCAGAUCAUCACCCUGACAGAGGCCGUGUGUGGGUCAGACUUGUGCAACCAGCCCAGUCCCGGCCAGGUUUCUACCUUUCCCCGAAGCCGUUACCUCGAAUGUGUUUCCUGUGCCUCGUCAGAUCUGAGCUGUGAGAGGGGCUGGGACAAGACCCUGCAAUGCCGCAACCCUGGAGAACAGUGCCUGGAGGUGGUAACCUACCAGAGCCUGGAAGAGAGUCCAGGGGAUGAGCGCCACUCCCGAGGCUGUGGCAACCUUCCUGGCUGCCCAGGCCCCACUGGCUUCCACAACAACCACACCUUCCACUUCCUGCGGUGCUGCAACACCACCAAAUGCAAUGGGGGCCCAGUCCUGGAGCUUCAAAACCUGCCGCCGAACGGCUUCCAGUGUUACAGCUGUGAGGGGAACAGCACCCAUGGAUGUUCCUCCGAAGAGACUUCGCUCACUGACUGCCGAGGCCCCAUGAAUCAAUGUCUGGAAGCCACUGGCACUAAUGGACUGGGGAACCCAAGCUACACCAUAAGAGGCUGUGCAACCGCCUCCUGGUGCCAAGGCCUCCAUGUGGCUGAAGCUUUCAGCCUCACCCAUCUCAGCGUCUCUUGCUGUACUGGAAAUGGCUGUAACCAUCCAGCCCUGGUUACCCAUCCCCGCACGGGGGGUGCCCCCCUGCCUGGCCCUACCCACCUCAGCCUCUUUGUCACCCUGCUUAUGACUGCCAGACUGUGGGGAGGUACUUUCCUCUGCACCUGAACCCCCACACUCCCACUGCCCUGGCUGGAUCCAGGGGACCACUUUGCCCUUCCCUUAGCUCCCAGCCCUACUGACUUGCUGUGUGACCUCAGACCAGUGUGCUCCCCUCUCUGGGCCUUAGUUUUCCCAGCUGCCAAAACACCUAUCUCAGAGAACUGUGAGAAUCAGAGGAGAAAAGCUAGAGGAAAGCUACGGGCCAGCAGGCGAGAGCUCUUGUGAUAUUAAUAUUGUUGCCGCUAUUAUUAUUAAUUAAUAUUUGUUUUAUUUAAUAUUUUGUACUUAAAUAAAAAGAUUUUUGUAUCAGUGAACAAAGCCAGAUCUUCCCUUCUCCAGAGAGGACGACUGGGGGACAGCUUUCCUCAGGCUCCUGGAAUUAGGGGUCAUAUUGUAGGACCCAAGCACUCGAGGUCCCAGCCUUGGGAGCUGUCCCAUGCAGCCUUCCACCCUAAGCCACCUCCACAUCUAUUCCUGGGCUCCAAAUGCAACCUUCCAACUCACUCACCCAAGUACUAACCUUCCAGUCUCUUCUCCCACAUCCAAAGGUCCAGACUACUUUGUUGUUCUAAGGAGACAUGUCUGCAUUUCCUAGGGGGCUCUGAGAUAGGAGAUGACUAGGAGAUGACCCCUGGAUGCCCUGCAGUGAUGAGGAAAGACUGGACCUCAUUCCCCUGCUGCCCUGGGGGCAGGAGAUAAAGGCUGGGCUAUAUUUCCUAGGAUACCCUCAGACAAACUGAGAAAAGGGCAGAACUCCCAUUUCAGUGGGACUCUUUGAGUACCAUGGCAGAAUUCACGUUUUCCAUGGUUCGCUGAGGCAAGCCCACAGACACAAAAUUACGUUCCCCUGGGGCCCUACGGCUGAUGAAGAAAAAGGACAUUUUCCGUGGUAUUUGGGGGCAGGUGAAGGACAGGGUUUCUUUUCUUUUUUAAAAAAAAUUUGUAUUUUAUAUUGGAGUAUAGCUGAUUAACAACGUUGUGUUAGUUUCAGGUGUACAGCAAAGGGAUUCAGCUAUACAUAUCCACGUAUCUAUUCUUUUUCAAGUUCUUUUUCCAUUUAGGUUACUACGGAAUAUUGAGCAGAGUUCCCUGUGCUAUACAGUAGGUCCUUGUUGGUUAUCUUUUUUAAAUAUAGUAGUGUGUGUAUGUCAAUCCCAAACUCCCAAUUUUCCCUCCCCCCCCCGAGGGACAGGAUUUCUUUUUAGGAUCUCCUCAAAUCACAUAUCACCAACUGUCUCUGUGGUCGCCUAAAGGGAUGGGGUCAAUAUCACCACCCCUUGAGCAUGACUGGCUCUGUGACCACUUUGGCCAAAAGAAUGUGGUGGAAGUGACGCCAUGCCAUGCUCUGGGCCGGGGGUUUCAGAAACCGUCCAACACUGGGGAAGCUGGUUGCUGGGUCAGGGUCCUCCUGCACUGAGACUGCCAUGCUCUGAGGACACCCAAGCUACUCGUGCGUGGAUGCCACAUGAAGAGAGAGCCCCAGAUGUUCCAGCCAUCUCAGCCCACGCACCAGCCAAGUGGGUGAAGGAGCUACCCUGGACACGGCAACCCCAGCAGACGUAAUGUGCAGGAGACCCGAGAAGCCCAGCUGUUUUCAUUUCCUAGGGCUGCCAUGAUAAAGUACUACAAAGUUACAAAUGCAGUGGCUUCAGACAACAGAAAUUUAUUAUUCUCUCGACUGCUGGAUACUAGAAACAAAAAAAUCAAAGGUGCUGGCAGAGCCAUGCUUCUUCUAACGUCCUGGGGAAGAAUCCUUCCGGGCCUCUUCCUAGCUCCUGAGGGUUGCCAACAAUCCUCAGCAGUCCUUGGCUUGUGGCUGCAUCACUCCAGUCCUUGCCUCUGUUGUCACGUGAACUUCUUUCCUGCGAAUAUGGCUGUGUGUCUCCAAAUCUCUCUGUCCUUAUAAGGAUACCAGUCAUUGGAUUUAGGGGCCCACCCUAACGCAGUUUGACCUCAUCUUAACUUAUCACAUCUAUAAAGACCCUAUUUCCUUAUAAGGUCACAUUCAUGGAACCUGGGGGUUAGGAGUUCAGCAUAUUUUGGGGGGACACAAUUCAACCCACACCACCCGCCAACAGCCAGCACCAAGGUUUCAGAUAUGAAUCAGCCCAUCCAUCUCCAGCUGUUCAAGCCAGCCCAUUUUGGCCCCAGUCCAUUGUGGAGCAGAUACGCACUGAUCUCACUAUGCCUUGCUCAAAUUCCCAACCCACA